AUAUCUAUGAGCCAAUCACAGAACGAGGCUGUGAUGAAAGUACGCCAUGUCAGCAUAUUCAAAACCAUACAGGCCUGACAUACUGUAUUUAGGCCCAAGCCCACUAAUAGAAUUGUGGCUUCUAGUUAUACGGAACAUCACAGGGUCCAUUAAUGUUUCACAUGGAAGAAAAUAAGAAUAGGGUUUAGAAUGUUUGCUUUCAAGUUUCAACAAUACUAGAGGAAUGCUAAUUUUACUUUGGAAUUUGAUGGCAUUAUUUUUUCACGCUAGCUAUAUAUUGGAAUUUUAAAGCAGAAAUCAUCUAGCAAUUUAGAGGCAUGCUCAUACUCAAAGUCAUAGCUUUCUUUGAUUCUCGAGAGAACAAAACAAAGGCUCAUAAUGUAUGAGUAGCCAGCCACUUGUCAAGUAUUAGUAAAAAAAGUAUCUAACUGUUAUUAAGGGAACAAAUGAAAGAAGAAGAUCUACUCCAUGGAUUCAAAGUUUGGAAACACAUCAUCUAAUGGUUAUUAUUACUGAUUUUAUUUUUUCUUAAAAUUAAUUGUAAAAUAAAUGUUCUGUUAUGAUUUUUCCUUGCUUGUAGAAUAUAUUGUUCAGUAAUUUGAAAUAUUGAAUUAUCAGUUUCAAAUUUUUGAAUUUUAUAAUUCAAUGUAAAAGAGUAAAAUUUGAACCAUUUUUCAAAAAAUAAUAAGUAAAUGGUAAUUACUGAGAUCUCUCACAAGAUUUUCGGCCUUUUAGAAAACCAAGUGAUGUGUUAGUUCUACUCUUAAAUUCUAUGGUCAAGUAUUAUUUUCCGGGGGCCAAAAAAUGGAAGUAAAAGAGGAAAACCCACACGAGCGAUUGAAGCAGAAGCUGAGCGAGCUUGAGAAAGUAUGGACCGCAAUGAAAGAAGGCAAAAGCUCAUCUGCAGUUUCGUGUAUCACUGUGGAAGAAGCCCUUGAGUUAGUGGAAAACUCUCCAAGGAAGCUGAUGAUCUCUCUUCAACACGAUCAAGCUGGUUCAGAGGUAGAGAUGAGAUCACCCUAUAGGAGAAAACUCUUUCACGACUCUGAUGAUGAUGAUGAUGAGACUAGAACGACAAGGUUGUCUCAUUCGACUUGUUGGUCUUCGAAUGUGACGAGAGCUGGAGAUAAUAAUAAUAAUAAGAUUAACAAGAAGCAUGAGAAGAAGAAGAAUAGAGGAAGUAUUGUCCGUGUUUGUGUAAUUGUUAUUUUGCUAUGUGUUUUGGUUGUGUUGAUCAACGGCUUUGAUCAGCUCUCCAUGAACAGAGAGAUCUAUAAUUUGGUACCUACCUGAAUUUUGUUUUCGAGAAAUAAUAUGCUUUUAAACUCAAUAAAACAAAAAUGGUCUUAGAAUAUAUAUUAUU